AAGCGAAAUUCACAAAGUGAAAUCUUACAAGGCUCACCAUACGAAUAAUCGCUUUAUAAAACACAUCCACACACACAUCAUGACUCACGUGACGUAAACAAAACGGAAAGUUUUACGCACAGCGCAUUGCCUUUUACGUGCGCUGUAAGUACAUUCGAAUUUCGUUUGGUCAGAGGGUAGGAAUAAAAUAAAGUGCGGUUAGAAUUUACGCAACGCUAAACGCAACAAUUGAACGAGGACACACAGACAGCCGGUGCCCGGAUACGUGUUGAGCAUAUUCCUAAGCGAUGAUCGAUGUGACGCGCGACACGGUGUGUCAUUAUCAUCAGGCGGUCGUGAAGAAUUCGCGUGCGUGAAAGAGUGUAAAACCGAUCGAAGACAGACCGUAGAUAUCGGUUAUCGGUUAUUAUCGCAGCAUACGCCUUUAUCGCAGGAGCAGUGAUACAAGUAAAGAGGAGUUUGCAUGAUUCCUAUGAGUGGCAUUCCAUCACGAUCGGAAUAUGAAGACAUAGGAUAUGGUUACGUCCGUCUGGGGUGGCGUAGUUCCGGAUGAAUCAUCAAGUCAUUGAAUUGGAAUCUGUGCCUUCACCCGAUCCAUUCAACAGCUCAACAGAACUCCAUCCCCCUGCAGUGGACGAAGAUGGCCCGUCGGGUGCAUCGCCAGCGCGAGGCGGACCAUCGACGUCGAACGAAAAUCGGGUAGUCUUCAUCAACAAGAUACAAAUUCAACCAGGCGUUAAAUUUAUGAGCAACCGCGUGUCCACAGCCAAAUAUAGUGUAAUUCGAUUUAUUCCUCUGUUCCUCUUCGAGCAAUUUCGACGAUGGGCGAAUAUCUUUUUCCUGAUGAUCGCCCUCCUCCAACAAAUCCCGGACGUGUCCCCCACCGGCCGAUACACCACACUGGUCCCAUUAAUUUUCAUCCUCUCGGUGUCGGCGAUUAAAGAAAUCAUCGAGGACAUCAAGCGGCAUCGCGCUGACGAUGAGACAAAUCAUCGCAAAGUGGAGGUGCUGCGCGGGGACGCCUGGAUCUGGGUGAAAUGGCUGCAUGUUGUCGUUGGGGACGUCGUCAAGGUCAAAAACAAUAACUUUUUCCCCGCCGAUUUGGUGCUGAUUUCAAGCAGUGAGCCGCAGGGCAUGAGUUUCAUCGAAACAGCGAAUCUUGACGGUGAGACAAAUCUGAAGAUUCGUCAGGCUUUGCCCAGCACCGCUGGCUACACGGCCAUCUUUGAUCUGGCGCAGUUUUCCGGUGCGGUUGAAUGCGAACCACCCAAUAAACAUCUGUAUGAGUUCUUUGGUGUUCUCAAAGAAUCUGGUAAAAUGCCAAUGCCACUUGGACCUGAUCAGAUUCUAUUGCGUGGCGCAAUGUUGCGCAACACAUCCUGGGUGUUUGGCGUUGUGAUUUACACCGGCCACGAAACGAAACUGAUGCACAACUCAACGAAAGCGCCAUUGAAGCGGUCCAGCGUUGAUAAACUGACAAACGUACAAAUCCUGCUACUGUUUGGUAUCCUAUUGGUGAUGUGCUUGAUCUGUGCCAUUUUUAAUGAAAUCUGGACCGCGCGACACUCAUCCGUUGACUGGUACAUCGGCUUGGAGAACAUCUCGCAGAAUUUCGCCUAUAACCUACUCACGUUUGUGAUUCUCUUCAAUAAUUUGAUACCUAUCUCGCUGCAGGUGACGUUGGAGGUCGUGCGAUUCAUUCAGGCUAUUUUUAUCAAUAUGGACAAGGAGAUGUAUUAUGAGGAAACUGAUACGCCCGCCAUGGCGCGCACGUCGAAUCUGAACGAGGAGUUGGGGCAGGUGAAGUAUGUUUUCUCGGAUAAGACAGGCACGUUGACGCGCAACGUGAUGGAGUUCAAGCGGUGUGCGGUCGGCGAGCAGAUCUAUACGUUACUGAGUGAUGACAGUGAAGUGCCACAGUUAGUACAGCAUAUAAACGAAGGGCAUGAGAACGCAGAGUUACUUAAAGAGUUGCUAGUCUUGCUGGCCGUGUGCCACACUGUGAUACCAGAGAAAAUGGACGAUGAUUCAAUCGUUUAUCAUGCGGCGUCACCGGACGAGCGUGCGCUGGUCUAUGGCGCGAGUCGUUUCGGUUAUAAAUUUCUCAGCCGCACGCCGAACUAUGUCGAAGUGAGCGCUUUCGGCGAAAUCGAGCGUUAUGAUAUUCUACACGUGCUGGAGUUUACCUCGACGCGCAAGCGAAUGUCGGUGAUUGUUCGCGAUCCUCAGGGACGACUGCGGCUGUUCUGCAAAGGCGCCGAUACAGUAAUUUACGAACGCUUGGCUGCAAGUGAUGAAACGUACAAGGAAAUCCUCCUGCAGCAUUUGGAAUCGUUCGCGACGGAAGGUCUGCGGACUCUGUGCUGCGCUGUUUCUGACCUGGACGAGGAGGGUUAUCAGAAAUGGAGUGUCAAGUAUCAUGAAGCUGCUUGUGCCAUUCAGGGACGUGAAGAAAAAUUGGAUGCCGUCGAGAAUGAAAUCGAGCACAGUUUGAAACUGAUUGGAGCAACGGCCAUUGAAGAUAAAUUACAAGAUGGCGUUCCGGAAGCGAUAGCGAAGCUAUUGCAAGCUGAUAUUAACGUGUGGGUACUGACUGGGGACAAACAAGAAACUGCCAUUAACAUUGGUUACUCCUCACGGCUUAUAGUGCAGGGCGCGCAGAUGAUUAUACUUAACGAAAAUAGUUUAGAUGCUGCCCGCGAUGCCGUCCUCAGACACCACAUGGACCUCGGUGAUAAUCUGUGCAAACAGAAUGACAUUGCGUUGAUUAUCGACGGCAAAACGCUUAACUAUACGCUUAACUGCGAGCUGCGCACGGAUUUCAUCAAACUGUGCGUGUCUUGCAAGGUGGUGAUCUGUUGUCGCGUCUCGCCGCUGCAGAAAGCCGAAGUGGUCGAAUAUGUCACCAAGUUUACCAAGUCGGUAACGCUGGCGAUUGGUGACGGUGCCAAUGAUGUCGCCAUGAUACAAAAAGCGCAUGUUGGCGUUGGUAUCUCCGGCGUGGAAGGCUUGCAGGCGGCGUGCGCGUCUGAUUACAGUAUUGCACAGUUUCGUUUCCUGCUGCGGCUGCUGCUCGUGCACGGCGCGUGGAAUUACACGCGCAUGUGUAAACUGAUCCUCUACAGUUUCUAUAAGAAUAUUUGUCUGUACGUGAUUGAAUUGUGGUUUGCGAUCUACUCCGGCUGGUCCGGGCAGAUCCUGUUCGAACGCUGGUCGAUCGGCUUGUACAACGUGUUUUUCACGGCGUUGCCGCCGCUUGCGAUGGGAUUGUUUGACAAGGCAUGCAGCGCGGACAUUAUGCUAAAGCAUCCGGGUCUUUAUAAACCCUCGCAGAACGGUGAGCUGUUUAACGUGAAAGUAUUCUGGAUUUGGGUGCUCAACGGCAUGCUACAUUCCGCCAUUUUGUUCUGGAUGCCGUUGCUAAUGGCCGAGCACGAUAAUGUUUGGAUGAAUGGCAAGGACGGUGGUUAUCUUGUUUUAGGCAAUUUUGUUUAUACUUUUGUUGUUGUUACUGUUUGUUUGAAAGCUGGUCUUGUGACAAACUCAUGGGUAUGGCCCACGCAUUGUGCCAUUUGGGGUUCAAUUGGUCUUUGGUUUAUUUUCGUCAUUAUUUACAGUAACAUCUGGCCACUUUUGCCCAUUGGCAGUGUAAUGACGGGAAUGUACAUUCUCAUGUUCUCGUCCGCCGUGUUUUGGCUCGGUUUUAUUCUGAUACCGCUGAUUGCAAUCAUACCAGACUUUGCGACUAAAGUGAUACAUGGUAGUAUCCGGAAGUCAACUGCCGACAUUUUGAGAGAAAACGAGAUCAAGCAUCCGGAAUCGAUUGAUUUGAGCCGCGACUCGAAGAAUUCACCAAUGCAUGCUCUGGAGAGAUUCGCAAUUUUCAACAGUUGGAGUCGCCUACCUCGAGACUGUCGGAAACUGCUCGCCUGCUGAAGAACGUCCGCAGCGUGUUUUCGCGUCGAACGCAUACGCGCGUCGACAUGGAGCUGUCGCACGGCUUCGCGUUCUCGCAAGAGGAGGGUGGUUCUGUGUCCCAGGCGGAUGUGAUCCGGGCCUAUGACACCAACAUCCCCAAACCGGCUGGGAUCUAAGCAGAUUUGGUAUUCUACAUCAACUCUACAAGAGGUGCAGACGGUGGUGCGCAACGGUACCACGAAGAGAUAUUUUCCUAACUUUCGAUAUCAAACGCAUGACAUAUUUUUGUGGUUCCACUCUAUGAUAUGAUAUAUGAUAUGAAACAAUGUGUCAAAUAUAACAAUCUUAUGUAAAUACUAACUAAGCUAACACGGAUCAUUCGAUCGAUCGAUAUGUAGAUAACAGGCUGCGAUUGCAAUUGCAAAAAAGCCGAUGCACGUAAAUUCCAACGUUUCAAUUGUUUCGAAAGGUGAUUAGAAAGAUGAAACAAAUCCUUAUAUUUAUAGAGACACUUUGUUCAUUGUACAACUUUACAAGAAAAACUACUAGGAUUUUCCAAACUCGUAUGGUUUGACGUUGAUGAUGUAGACAAUGCAUAAUUAACGAUUCAUGAUACUAAACUCUAAAUUAUAAGAAACGUGCCUUCAAUGUUAAAUGUUCAUAUUUUGUGAUAAACCGAUGCAAACAAUUUGUGAAUCAUGUUUGAGUACUGUUUGCUUGCUUUCACUGGAUGAUUGUACGCGUGUUGUUGACUUGUAUAUAAUUUCCGGCCUACGUAUAGAUGAGAAAAACUAUUAUCAUAUCAAUCAAUGGAUGAUCUAUUUUGUUAUUGUGUAUUUGUGCGUCUUGACGUGCAGAUAACUGCUAGCAAAUUGUUACACUUGUUUACGAAUCUCUUAGACAAAGAAUUAGCUGGGUGUUGAGGUGUUGUUUAUGUGGAUAUUCUCAUUUUGUAUGUCAUCAGUGUAUCGCUUCGAUUGUGUUGACUUUUAAUACGUGUGAUAGAAUAAUAUCAUGUACCUCAUCUUCGAACUUUUACCAAAAUGGCGGCACUCGUGGACGCAUUGGAUGUGUCCGAACAAAAUAACAAAAAUCUUAUGCAUAUUUAUAACAUAAUAUAUACAUAUAUAUAUAUAUAUAUUUAAAAUGAAGACAUUGUGAAUCUAAACAAUUUUAACUUUAUUGAUACUAAGAAUUUAAAGAGAAAACAUUAUAAUACGUAUUUGAGGGACUUUAAAAUUCAUGGCGAAAUCAAACUGAACACUGUACGUAUGACGAUUAUAUUAUUGUAUGCAUUUCUUGAAUUUUAUUUUGGGUGUGCCAGCGGAAAUUUUAGAAUAUAGGUGAUCGAGAACAUUCGAGUAUUAUUGUCGAUGACCUCACUGCAAUAGUUUGCAACUUUUGAUUAGAUGACACUAACUGAUUAGAUAAUCGCACGCAAAAUCAAUAGUUUUAAUAUUUAUUUCAAUCAAUUUGUCUUUGAUCGUCAAGGUUUGAAGGUUUACUUCUGAUAAUUGUUUUCUUCUUUGAGCCAACAAAAUGAGUAAAAAACUUGCUGCAUUUUUACAACAACCCAUAGAUGAUUAUCAGUCGAUUCGUGAUGUACCAGGAAUUGGCCAAAAAACUCUUGACCAAUUAUAUGACGCCAAUGUUAAAAAGACCAAAGAGCUGUAUGAAAUAUUUCAAAAGCAUCCGGACUUUGUAUCUUUCAAUCGGGCGGUGAUGCGAUUGUAUGAAGUAAGCCUCCCAAAAGCAACGUUUACUGCUUUCAUUGAAUAUGAUAAAAAAUACAAUGAAAAUAGUAGUGGAAGCCAAAGCACUUCAGGACAGGCUCCCAAAAGAGUCGAGACGAGGAAAUCAGCCCCAGCAUCUACGUUCAAAGCUCCUCGUAACAAACCAUUGAAAAGACUACAGAAUUCAACGCCGACAACUACUAAAAAAUAUGAGUUAUUUAUUGAGGAACCACUGGGUGAGAAAGCAGUUAAUUCUAUCCCAGGAAUUGGACCAACAACAGCAAAAUCUUUGAAAAAUAAGAAAAUUACCAAGGCGUAUCAAAUUUUUGGCGAGUACCUACGGUGUGGCAAGGAUGAUUUCCUAUUCACAAAAUGGAUGACCUCGGUUCAGGCAAAUACUAAAUUUAUUCAGCAAUGCAUUGACGCGAUGAAACAUAAAUGUGAAAUGAUUUAAAUUGAUUUCAUUCUGUUGACAAUUAUAUUACACUACAAUUUGGAA